CAAGCUUUUGCGGAUGAUGUAACGGCAGUUGUUUGGCACAAAUCGCUGGACACCCUGGCAACAGAUAUCACCGGUUUGAUUGAAAAAAUCGGCAGCUGGUGCUCUGGCAGUAAACUAUCGCUGGCGUCCGAAAAGACGUCAAUUAGCCUGAUAACAAGGAAGAUAAGGCCACCGGUUUUGCCCCAGAUCAUGGUCAACGGUAACGUAAUUCCACCAGUAGAUCAAAUGAAGAUUUUAGGAGUGAUUAUCGAUCGAAAGUUGGAUUUUCGUCCCCAUCUCCGGUAUGCCAUGGAAAAAUCAAUGCGAAUCUUCAAACAGGUGGUUGGGAUGGCACGAUCAAGAUAUGGCCUCGCACCGAAAAUAGUAAAAAUGUUAUAUGACACGAUCUUGGUACCAACCUUGACGUAUGCUGUCAGUGCAUGGAGUCAUGCCGUAAUCUUUAAAUAUAUCGAAAAAGAGUUGAGAAGAUUCCAGAGGCCUUGGGCCCAUUUGAUAACGAAAUCGUACCGAACCGCAUCCUUCAUUGCCACCACCGCCAUUGCCGACACACCACCAUUGCAUCUUCAGAUGAAAUGCCUAGCGAAUGUCACCCUGGCCAAGAUUGGAGGAAAUUAUCCGUAUGAUGGUCAAUUCGUUGCUACCGAUGUUGUCGAAGAUAUUGAAGUAAAAAGCGUGGAAUCGUUGAACAUAUUUGCUGGCCAACCACUGGUUCGAUCGAGGUUUCAUAUCUUCACCAAGAUCAUCAAAAAGAAUAGUGGUAUUGGUUGCUGCUUCACGGUGAUGAGAGACAUGUGUAUGGUAGAUGUGCAGAGGUUCAGGCUUCCGCCAUAUUGCUCAAUGCUACAAGCCGACCACUUUAUUGUGCUACAAGCCAUCACCUGGGGACAAGAGAACUGCUUUGCAGAAACCCCAAUAACAGUGACCAGCAACAACAUCGGUGCCAUCAAACAUCUGAAGAGGAGAAGCAAAAAGAUAUCGAACCUGGCAAGAGAAAUUGUCAACAGGUUGACUGCAAAUAUCACCAUCGCCUGGCUUAAAAUUGACAAUGAAGAUCAACAAAUGAUCAAGACGAAGAAAAUCGCCAAACGAACAUCCACCAGCAACUUAGAGUUCAGCUACAGGAAAAUUCCAAUGACAUACGUGAAAAAGGACCAGAGGAAAAUAAUGUUGGCGGCAUGGAACCAAGAAUACAUGAACGACAAAUUCGGCCGGACCGUCAAGUCACUAUUCCAGACAGUUGACCAGGUGAGAAAAUUUAGUCCAUAUAGCAAAGCUUUGAAAGCACGCAGGGGCUCACUGGUCACGGGCAGUUCGCCAAUAUCUGGAAAAAUUUGGUUUUGCCUCAGAUGCAAGCUGUCAAUGCGGUCAUCAAGAGCAGAGUGUCCGUCAUCUACGUUUUGA